AUGGGCGAAGCACAAGCAGAUAUUGCGGUGAUUGGCUUGGCCGUCAUGGGUCAAAAUCUCAUACUUAACAUGAACGACCACGGAUUUACGGUAUGUGCCUUCAAUCGUACGGUGUCUAAAGUCGAUGACUUUCUCGCUAACGAAGCUAAAGGUACUAAGAUCAUUGGAGCUCAUUCUAUAGAAGAAAUGUGCAAGAAACUGAAGCGACCUCGCCGUGUGAUGAUGCUCGUAAAAGCUGGGGCUCCUGUAGAUUCCAUGAUUGAAUCGAUCGCUCCUCACUUGGAGAAAGGUGAUAUCAUCAUUGACGGAGGAAAUUCGGAAUACACUGACACUAACCGUCGUUACGCGGAUCUCCAGAAGAGAGGGAUCCUUUACGUUGGCUGUGGAGUAUCUGGUGGAGAGGAGGGCGCCCGCUAUGGACCAUCUUUGAUGCCGGGUGGAAAUCCUGAAGCAUGGCCGCAUCUCAAGCAAAUAUUUCAGUCGAUUGCUGCCAAGAGCGAUGGCGAGCCAUGUUGUGACUGGGUAGGUAAUGCUGGUGCUGGACACUUUGUAAAGAUGGUCCACAACGGAAUUGAGUAUGGAGAUAUGCAACUUAUCGCUGAAGCCUAUGAUUUGUUGCUCGAAGGUGUGGGACUUAACUGCGACCAGAUGGCUGAGGUCAUGGAGGAGUGGAAUCAUGGAGAACUUGAUUCAUUCCUCAUCGAAAUCACUGCCAAUAUUCUUAAAUUCAAGGAUGAGAAAGGAGAACACGUGCUGCCAAAAAUUAGGGAUAGUGCUGGACAGAAAGGGACUGGUAAAUGGACGUGUUAUGCUGCGCAGGAGUACGGAAUUCCAGUGACAUUGAUUGGUGAAGCCGUUUUUGCCAGAUGCCUAUCAGCGCUAAAAGACGAGCGAGUACUGGCUUCGUCUCGUCUCUCAAAGCCUCAAACAAACCACGAUGAAGUGAUACCGGAUAAACGGGAUUUCAUCAAACACAUUAGCAAGGCCCUCUAUGCAUCAAAAAUUGUUAGCUAUGCACAAGGUUUUAUGCUUAUGGCAGAAGCAAGCAGAAAAUUUGAUUGGAAGCUAAACUUUGGAGCAAUUGCUUUGAUGUGGCGAGGAGGAUGCAUAAUUAGAUCGAGGUUCCUUGGAGACAUCAAGAAGGCGUUCGAUAAGAAUCAUGAUCUUCCCAACUUGCUUCUGGAUGAUUUCUUCGCUAAAGCUACCGCUGACGCACAGACAUCUUGGCGUGUCGUUGUGACGUCCGCGAUACGCUUAGCUAUUCCUGUACCUGCUAUGUCGUCUGCGUUAGCGUUUUAUGAUGGGUAUUCACGUAAGGUGCUUCCCGCCAACCUGUUGCAAGCCCAACGUGAUUACUUCGGAGCACAUACGUACGAACUUAUGGAUUCCCCCGGAAAAUGGGUGCAUACGAACUGGACGGGAAAAGGAGGACGUGUUACAAGCAAUGCGUAUAAUGCAUAA